CAAUGACCUCCCCGGAACCCGUAUCAGUGCGAUAACGACAUUCGCAAUGCUCUUUCACCCCUUCUUACAGGACACCAGUUGAUCCAGUCCUUGAAAUCGCCAUUGUUCUGUCCGUGAACGAAGUAGACGAGCAUGCCUUGAGCCGAUUCUUUCUGCGCACUCUCCCACGUCUGACUUCCAGGCCAAACGACCGCCAGCAAACCCACCGACCGCACCACUUACCGCGUGACCCCUUCACCGAUUCCCUCCUCUCGGUCUCUACGAAGGAGGCGAGGCGAUCUGCCAUCCCCGUCUAUUACGUCCUUCGCUCUGAACCACGAUGACUGACGGCACUGGGUCGGGCAGUAACAACCGAUCGAGUCAAUUUGGCGGUAGUGUGCCUCGACGUUUGUCAUAUGCUUCUGUGGCCUCAGGCGCAACUGCUCAGGCUCUUCACCACCCUACUCGAUCGGGUGCGUUCUCCCAUCUCGUGUCCUCGACCCCCAGCAGCUCGUACCCUCCUCAGUAUCAGCCGGAGCCACAAUAUCAAAGACGAUAUUCGGAGCAAGACCAGGACAGUCUCGGAGUCAACUCCUGGCGGAAACCAACGCCUCUACCUUCAUAUUCACGAAAGUUUGCCAACACAUCAGAUCUUGGAACGAACACGAUGUCCCCCAAUCCUUUCUUCAUCCCCUCCUAUCUGAGACAUUCUCGAUACAUGGCAAAGUUGGAAGCCGCGCACAAGGCCAAGGUGAAGAAAGAGCGGGAGCAACCAUCAGGAGGGUCUUCCGCGCACAACUCGUUCCCCACAGGUGUUGGAAAUACAAGAUUAGCGCCAUCGCAUCGUGGCAUGACCUACGAUAUAAUCGAAAGCAAUCCUCCUAAAGAGGAGGACGUAUUACCUCCGUUGCCUUCGAGGUGGAGCGAGCAGGACAAAUACCCCGGGCUAGAUAUCAUUGAUGGCCACGACCUGAAAUACAGUGGCACCGCAAGCAAGGCCGAGAUCGAAGCAGCAUCUGUGAGAACGGAUCAUGCAAUGCCGGUUGCGUGUGGGAUAUACUAUUUUGAAGUGUACAUCAAACAGAAGAGCAAGGACACAGCUAUAGCCGUUGGGUUUUCCACAAGUGAAGCGUCACUUGAGCGGUUACCGGGCUGGGAGACACAAUCAUGGGGAUAUCAUGGGGAUGACGGAAAGAUGUUUUUCGGGGAGCAUUCAGGUCGUGGCUACGGCCCAACCUUUGGCACAGGCGAUAUCAUUGGGUGUGGAGUCAACUUCAACACCGGUCAGGCCUUCUUCACCAAGAACGGACAGGACCUUGGUGUAUGUUUCCGGGAGCUGAAAAAGGACGUAAAACUGUACCCCACGAUCGGUAUGAAAAAGCACUCCGGCGCGCUAUUGGCAGGCAAUUUCGGUCAGGAACCUUUUGUCUUUGACAUCGAUGAUAAGAUGCUCACCGAGAAGGCGAUUGUGUCAAGAGAGAUUGCGAAAGCCAAAGUCACAUCGUUACGACCGCAACGGGACGAGAGCACCCUCAUUCAGGAGUUGGUGGCGCACUUCUUAGCUCACGACGGCUACGUUGAAACAGCAAAGGCAUUCGCAGAGGAAAUGAGAACAGAGAAGCAAUCGUUGAACAAUGCGCUUCCUUCAAAUACGUCGACACCCCGCGAACGGGACGACACUGACGCAGUCCACCGACAACGGAUACGUCGUGCAAUUCUCUCUGGAGAUAUCGACCAAGCCUUUGACAUCACUGAAACACAUUUCCCUACCGUUCUAACAGAAAACCCCGACAUUCUUUUCCGACUGAAAUGCCGGAAAUGGAUCGAACUCAUUGACAAGUCGACCGAACUCGAUACACCAAAACACGCGCCGGGGCAUGAGCGGAAGGCUAGUAACCGACCGGAAAACGUUUCUGGGGUAGAUGACGAUUUUGCCCAAGACAUGGAACUUGACGAGCAGCCGAAUGGCAGCAGCCGUGCUAAUGGCAUAGGGAAGUCGCGGGCUAAUGACAGCGCCUUGCAACACGAUCAGCUCCUCAAUGAGGCGAUGUUGUACGGCCAAGAACUGCAUAGAGAAUUCCGAGACGUGGAUGAGGAAUAUGCAAAGGCAUUGCGGGAUAUCUUCAGCCUGGUGGCAUACGAUGACCCUAGGGGCAGCGUCAAUGGACACCUUUUGGAUCCUGCCGGCAGAGUUACAGUCGCAGAGGAGCUGAACUCUGCCAUUCUAGUGUCACUUGGGCGUUCCCCUUCGGCUGCCUUGGAGACGGCGUGGAAGCAGACGGAAGCUUUGCUCGAUGUUCUCAGCGAAGAUGGCGGGCCCGCGGCUUUCGUCAAUCUCCAAGCAACGUUCUCGUCUUGACCGUUGAUGAUUAUCAAGGCGACAUCCUUUCGCCGUACCUUCCGAUGGGAGGCUCAUCUGGUUGUGCGGCUUUACCGGAUAAUCUCGUUGGCGGCUGGGGAGGGCUGAGCAGGAUGUUGCCAUACUCUAUGAUUCGUCCUUUGAUGGGAUUUUGUUGGGAGGGAACGCUCAUCUCAUGGCGGGGGGCGCUGGCGGCUUGGGGGACACCGGAAUAGUUUCGACAGCAUCACAAUGGAACAGCGAGUCCCACGGGCCCGGGACAAGGGAUAUACAAACCACCCUUAUGCAAUCUGUACCUAGAGAAGAGGCAGAUCUUUGCAGCCCCGAGCAAUCGACGAUCUGAGCAAAGUCCAACGUCGUGGCCCUGCUCGUGUUGUUUGAAGGUUGUUGCCAUCAAGACCUUGCUGAACCUGUUGCGGGUCACAACACCAGAGAGGUCGUUGUAUAGCAAAAUUCUCCUGCCCGAAUUCCCUUGUCCUCAUCUCGGCUUUGCAUUGAUAGGUGACUGCCCACGACAUCACAGUUGCUGGCUUGUAUAGCAUGAGCAACGUCCUGACCCCUGUCCUAUCCAUUGCCAGCUUUACGCCGCAGCAGCCGCUUCUUGCAGUUCCGCGACUUUCCCC